AUGGAGAGAGACGCCUCGGAACCACCGGAGCCGUCCCGCCCGAGGAACGGGCCGCUGGGCUCGCUGUACGGGGAGUUCACGGACACGCUCAACGACCGGCUCCGGUACUCGGUGAGCCUGACGGAGAGCGCCCUGACCGUCCAGCGGAUCUCCUCGUCGCCCGGCCGGACUAAGGUGGUUUUUAACUUGAGCGACUGCACCGGGGGCCGGGCGCACCGAGGGCCGGACGGCGCGGACGUCGGCGCCUACUUCACCGCCUGUUUCUACCCGUUCAAGCGGCGCUGGAUGAGCGCCGGAGUGGCCCGGCAGAGGGUGGAGCAGUGCUUUCGGGUCGCGAUGGUCCAGGACCCGCUCGCCAACCUCCAGGAGGCGGAGAGGUGGGCUCGUGCCAUCAGGGAUGCGUCCGGGCUGCAGGCGCCCCGGAGAGACGGUGUGGCGUACAUGGAGGUGCGGCGGCCCUGCAGAGUCAUGGUACUGGUGAACCCUCACUGCGGGCGCGGCCAGGCUCUGCAGCUCUUCACCGGCCACGUAGAGGGGAUGCUCACCGAGGCCGCGGUGCCCUACACACUCAUCAUCACAGAGCACCAGAACCACGCACGGGAGCUGGUGAGGAAGGCGGACCUGUCCCAGUGGGAUGCCCUGGUCAUCAUGUCCGGAGAUGGACUGCUGUUUGAGGUGAUAAAUGGUCUGAUGGAACGAGAGGACUGGCAAGAGGCCAUCCAGACCCCUCUGGGUAUUCUCCCAGGUGGCUCAGGCAACGCCCUGGCGGCCUCCGUCCACCACUACUCACAGUCGCCUCCAGCAUGGAACGAGGAGCUACUGCUGAGCUGUGGCUUCAUGUUGUGCAAAGGUCUGGUCGGCUCCUUGGACCUGGUGUCGAUCCACUUGGCCUCUCGCCAGCGCCUCUUCUCCUUCCUCUCCCUGGCCUGGGGCUUCGUGGCAGAUGUUGACAUCGAGAGCGAGAAGUACCGGCACGUGGGAGCCAUCCGCUUCCUGAUGGGCACACUGGUGCGCCUGGCCUCCCUCAGGGUCUAUCAGGGCAGGUUGGCGUACCUGCCUGUGAAGGAGACCCCAGCUCUUCCCAAAGGGAGCACGAAGGUGAACCAGCCUCCCUCCACACCUCAGCACCCCUCGCUCUGCUCCUCCCUUCCCUGUCAGCUCAUCCCCAACUCCUCUCCCAACCAGAACGCUCAUCACAACCACAACAGCACAAACUGCAACCACAACACCAUCUCCAGCUCCCCCAAUAAUGCCAUCACCUCCAAGAGAACUGAGAUCAAGAGUGAUGGCAAAGCCGUGGUACUGGUGGACUCUCUUCUUCCUGGUCUGGAGCAGCCGGUCCCAGAGAGCUGGACAGUGGUCAAGGAGGAGGACUUUGUCUUGGUACUGGCUAUUUACCAGUCCCACCUGGCUGAGGACCUGUGGACAGCCCCUGGCGCGCUGGCAGAUGACGGGCUGAUUCAUCUGUUCUACGUGACAGCAGGGAUCUCACGUCCCGCCCUGCUGCGCCUUUUCCUCGCCAUGGAGAAGGGCGCCCACUUGGCGUGCGGCUGCCCCCACCUGGUGUACGAGAAGGUGAAGGCCCUGCGGCUGGAGCCCAUCACUCCACAGGGCGUGAUCACUGUGGACGGAGAGAUGGUGGAGUACGGGCCUGUUCAGGCUCAAAUCCACCCGGGACUGGCCCGACUCAUAUGUGGAUGAAACUGGAUUAUACUAAUCUUUCUUCUGGGUGUAGAGCUUUUCUAGUUUGGGCCUUUUUGAUAUUCAGUGCUGAUUCCUUUACGUAUGCUGUGUUUUCAGAAGUGCCAAAGACAUUUGAACAGCCUCUGGAAAUUUCCUCUAUUUUUCUAUUGAAGCAACUUGUGCUCGCAAUGUUAGAUUCAGGGUUCAAGCCAUGGAUGUUGGUUCUUGCUGCUGGCUGGUUCCAGCUUAGAGAAAGACAGAGGGAGUGUGUGUGUGAGCGUGUGUGUGUGUGUGUGCACACCAGAGAGAUCUUUACGUUUGAGUGUGAACCCAAGUGUGUGUACUGCAUUGUUCAUGCUGCUGUCCGACCUCAUAAGCAUGAAACACAUGAAGUGUAGCACAUUUUCCCGUCCUGGGAUGCUCCUGGAGAAGCCACGCCCCCUGUCCCACUGUACCACUCCAGGCCGCCAAUCUCCCUCCUGGGCUCUGACAGCAUCACCUCCCCCUAAGCUUGGUAAAGAGGAGCUUUCUUUCUGAGGAGAUAUAAAUCCCCUGGGGGAUUUAAUGUUGACAUAUCUUUAAUCUUUGCAUAGUAUUUAUGAGAAAAAACCACAACAACAAAAACACAAUAGCAGAUCUAGUCAAAGUAAGAAUUAGCACCCGAUUCUGGAGGCAGAGAGAAACUUGGCCAUCCGAGCUUACACCUCCACCACCGCCCGAUCCAUUUCCUGCCGUGUCGGCUCUCUUACCCUGGUUGAUCUGCAACCAUCAUCAAACUGCAGGAACUGCCUGCACUCGCACACAAACACACACACACCUUCUUUUCCCCCAUCCCCCCUCCUCUUAUGCAUAGAUCCUCACACACACACACACACACACACACACACACAUACACUCAUUCCCUUACAUCUCUGCAGCACUUAGUUAGGGGGGAGGGGUCUGGUCUGCCUCUGUGCACAUGAUCCCCUCUCCUCCUGCCCUCCUGAGUUUGUACUCUCCCUCGGUUAAUGAGCUAUCAGCACCUAAUGUGUCCUUAAUAUUAAGCUGUAAAUCUGCUGAGGA